AUCUUCUAGUUUUACAUUUUCGAGUGAUUUGCAUAAAAAAUAAUAAUCUUAAACUACAUAGGUUUAGGGCUUUAGGCAUAUAGUAACACUCCAAAAGACGCAAAUUCAAUUCCUUUAGAACCUCUAAAACCUUUCAUACGCAAAUUCGUCACUCAUACGCUAAUUGCAGAAGCUCGAAUUGCAGAAGCUCGUUCCAGAAUCUGGAAUAAUUAAAUUGAUUGAACUUGGAUUAAAUUGGAGCUGCAUUAUACUUGUGCUACGUUGAGUAAGUUUCAUUGUUGCCGGCAGUAUUUUUCAUCAGACGGCGUCGUAUUGGGGAAUUUGACAGGGAAAUUAUGGGAGGAGGGAGGAAGAAUUUGAAGAGGGCAGUGGAAGAAGACACCUUAACUCUUCAACAAGGCCAAAGUAUCAUGCAAGUUGUAUCUCUUCGAGGUUCUAAUCUUAUUGAGAUUGUGGAUGCAGAAGGUAAGAAGUCUUUGGCACUUUUUCCGGCUAAAUUUCAAAAGAGCAUGUGGAUAAAGAGAGGGAGUUUUGUCGUAGUCGAUGGAAGUAAUAGGGAGGACGCUCUUGAGUCUGGUAGUAAGGUGGCAUGUAUCGUAUCUCAGGUUCUCUUUCAUGACAAAGUUAGGCGUCUACAAAAAAGUCCCGAGUGGCCGGAAGCCUUCAAAUCACAAAUUAUUGACACUUCGAGUAAGAAUACUCCCGGACCUGCUUCUGAAGGCGAUGUUGAAGAAACAGACACAAGCGAUGAUGAUGGACUUCCACCGCUUGAAACAAACAUGAAUAGGUGGAGGCCAUACGAAUUGCACUCGGGCUCAGCCUCAAAUUCUGAUGCAGAUACUGAGACCGAUGAAGAAUCUUAGACAAACAGUUUUCUGGUAUUUUCUCUGUAGAUUUCAGGUGUUACAGUUGCAUUAGGCACUUUGAGUGACAUUUAUCAGUACUCAUCUUUGGCACUUUCGAAGUCUGCACAGAAAUACUAAGUUACAAGCAAUUUUUCUGAUGCUAUUAUUCUCUGUAAAAUUGAAGAUUCAGGUAGUAACUGUUAAUCUGGAAGUGUAAAGUAGAUCCAGAUCAUCCCCCUCUGCUGGCCUGAGUGACUAAAGACUGAUUGUUGGCUGUAAGCACUAGCCAGUAGCCACAAUAUAAAAAUGAUUUUUGUUAAGAUUAAUGUGGAGUUGGAUUGCAUGAA